AUUGCAUAUAUGUUCAAGCAUGUGGACGAUUUGGAUAAUAUGUUCGAGCUCAUGCCAAUUCUAGCUGGCACAGUGAUAUGUAUUGCAAAAAUCAUUAGUCUGACUUGCAAUUCCGAAAUGAUCAUAGUACGAAUGGGAUCGUCUGAAAUUAUGCGAUACGUAGCUCUUAUGCUAAUGCAAAGUUGUCGAUUAUUUUUCAAUAGUUGGGCUGGGCAAGAAGUGACCGAUCACAGCGUCGAAGUCUCGAUAGCAGCUUAUGAUGGAAUAUGGUAUAAUGCAUCUGUAAAGGUGCAAAAGUUAUUGUUGUUUCUAAUCGCGAGGAGUCAGAAAGUUUCUCAAAUAACAAUCGCAAAGUUAUAUGUCAUCAAUCUGGAAGGUUUCAGUAAACCAUAUACCCGUCAAGUUUUUGCAAGUACAAGCAUAGCCAGUUUUGUAACAGCACCACUCACCAUACCGUUACUUGAGAGAUACGCGGUAUGCGGUAUAAUAGUAAUCGCAACCGAUACCAUCUAUUUCGCCCUGCUGCAACAUACUUGUGGUACAUUAGCUAUACUGAGUUAUCAUUUGGCUGCAUAUGAUAAAUCGAAAAAAUGUUUUAAUCCCACAUCUAAAGGGAAUACAGAUGUUGACAACAUGGUGCAUUGUAUACAACUACAAAUCAGAAUAGAGAGAUUAAUCUACUUGAUUGAGACGACCUUCGCGAUAUGUCUUUCCGCUGACGUUGGCUUAGGAGUUCUACUUCAAUGUUCUGGAUGUGUUAGGAUUGUCACUUGUACGGAAUUGGCAAGAAACGGUCCGCUUGUAAUUAUUCAAUCUCUUCGAUUUUUUUUCACUAGCUGGCUAGGACAGCAAAUAAUAGAUCACAGUUCUCAAAUUUCUGUUGCCGCAUAUAAUGGAAUAUGGUACCAAAUGUCUUUAGAAGCAAAAAAGAUGUUGCUAUUAUUAAUAAUGAAGUGUCAAAAACCGUAUCACAUAACUGCAGCGAAAUUAUAUGCAAUCUGUUUGGAAAGUUACAGCUCGGUAUGA